AUGAAGAAACCAAAUGUGUUAUACACUUAUAUAUGUUCAAUUUGCUUAAUGUAUACGUUCAUGUGCUCGUGGAUAUUACCAGCAGAAACAGCAAGAAUAUUAGCUAUAGAAUCAAUAGCUGGUAAAAGCCAUUGGAACUAUGUAAGUUCCAUAGUUCGUGUUUUGUCAAAGAAUGGACAUCAAGUUACUGUGUUUACACCAUUUCCCGAAGGUGACCGAGACAACUAUACUGAAGUGGAUACGUCUAUUGAUCAUGGACAAAAUGGAACAGAAUUUGUACCAAUGGAUUUGAUCGAUACAAUGGCUUUAUGGUCACAUCCGAUGUCGAUGAUUAAAUUCCUUAGAACCCAACGUACAGUUUUAUGUGAUCAAGUGUAUAAAAAUGAUCAGUUAAAAAAAUUAAUUGAAGAUAAUGAAACUUCCAAUUUCGAUGUACUCAUGAUUGAAAAUGUGGGGUACGAUUGUGAUUUGUAUUUGGCUCAUAAGUUGAACUUGCCUUUGAUUUAUUUGAUUUCAUCUCCAAUGUUAACAUUCGCCGAACGUUCUAUUUUCGGUGACAUCCCAAAUCCAGCGACCAUUUCUCAUUUAUUGUCUGGUUACGCCAUUCCUAAGACAUUUGUUCAAAGAAUUUUGAACACAGCGUUAUUGGCUUAUAGUAUGAUCGUUUUUAGCUAUGACAAAUUGGUAAUACAGUAUACAGCCAAUAGACCAUACGAUUUGGAAAAAAGUACAGUUCAACCAUCUCUGACAUUUCUAAAUAGUCAUUUCAUAAGUGAGGCCUCGAGACCAUUUUCACAAAACGUCAUAGAAGUCGGCGGCAUACAUUUGAAACCUCCAAAGAGUAUACCAAAUGAUAUAUUAGAAUUUAUUGAAAAUUCACCACAUGGGGUAAUUCUGUUCACAUUGGGUUCAGUUGUUAAUAUGUCUACAUCGCCUGAUUAUAUAUUAAAUCCAAUUAAGGAAGCAUUAGCCCAAGUUCCUCAAAGAGUACUGUGGAAAUAUGAAGGAAAAAUGGUGAAUAAACCAAAAAACGUAAUGAUAAGAAAAUGGUUACCUCAACGGGAAAUUUUAUUGCACCCCAAAGUAAAAUUAUUCAUCAGUCACGGAGGUAUGUCAGGAGUAUAUGAGACAGUGGAUGCUGGCAUUCCAGUUCUCGGAUUCCCAUUAUUAUACGAUCAGCCAAGGAAUAUAGCUAACUUGGUUCACGCUGGAAUGGCCAUUUCCAUGGAUAUUUUAUCUGUGAAGAAGGAUACAUUUUUAAGAAAUGUAUUAGAACUAGUAAACGAUGAAAAGUAUAUGCGAAACGCUAAAAUUGCUUCGGAUAUAUUCAAGAACCGACCGAUGUCCCCGGAACAGUCAGUACUUUACUGGACUGAAUAUGUAAUUCGCCAUAAAGGUGCCCCCCAUUUGAAGCCUCACUCACUUAAUCUAACUUGGUACCAAUACCUUUUGUUGGAUGUGAUAGCUGCGAUGAUAGUAUUUUUAUGUAUUAGUCUAUUAAUAGCAUAUAAAUGUAUAAUAAUGUUAAAUAAUCUUAUUCGGAAAAAUGUUCUGAAUAUUAAAUCAAAAUCGGAAUAA